AUGGAAGUUGCACAAAACGAGGACCAUUAUUACAUAUAUGACACAAGCAUUCUAUCCCUAAUGAUCCUUUCCGAGAUGGCGCGACAGAUGGAUUGCGAGAGGCUACACAAGGCCCUCUGCGAUUGUCACCGCCGUGUCCCGGCGGGGCGAGGGCGGGAAACUGCGUGUCGGCAUCUGAACAGGGCGUUAGCAGAGUGCAUGGUGGCGGUGGUUUGUCCUGAUGAGUCAGAGGCUGUUCGUAGUUUGUGUUCGAGUGGUGGGACCAAACUUAAACGGUCUCAAUGCCAAGAAGCCCAGCUUGCACUUUCUGUUUUUGGAUUCAGUAAUGAAUAUCAUGUUAGGAUCACUAUUGGCCAAACCCUCCAAAAGCAUUAUACCUCGAUCUGGUGGCUGCCUCGUAUCUGGGUACUUCUGGUAUUGAAAGGCACUGGAAAACCUGCAUAA